GAUUAAAUAUCGUUGUACCAAAAUCACACCCUGCAGUGACAGAUAGUAAUGGCGGCAACACUUGGUCUACUCCUAAGACCCCUUUGCUUCUCAAUCACCAGAUUCCACAAUAAAUUCCCAAUCCUUCAAAAUCCCAUUCUUUCUUCUUCUUCUUCUUCCCUCACGCUCCCUCGAAUCCAAUCUCUUUCUACAACCUAUUCCUCAAAUUCAAGCCACAAUGACAGCUACCCUUUAUCCUUGUUAGACAAAGAACUGAACGAAGACCAAGACCUAGAAUUUGAAUCUGAAGAACAUGAUAGAAAUGAUGAGGAAGAUGAAGAAGAUGAUGAUGGUGGUUAUGGGAGUGAGAACGGGGAAGAGGGAAGUCCUAAAAAUUUGGAUUCGGAGGUUGUCGCCGAAAAUACCGAGGUUAAGAAUGUGAAAUUACCCAAUCUAACGGUUAAGGAAAAGAAAGAGCUGGCUUCUUACGCUCAUGGUUUAGGGAAGAAAUUGAAGUGUCAACUGGUGGGCAAAUCUGGUGUUACUGAUAAUGUCAUUUUCUCUUUUCUUGAGACUCUUGAAGCCAAUGAGCUUCUGAAGAUCAAAAUUCACCGGACCUGUCCUGGAGAGCUAGAGGAUGUGGUGAGCCAACUAGAGCAAGCAACCGGUUCAGUCGUCGUUGGACAAAUUGGUCGGACUGUGAUCAUAUACAAGCCUAGUCUCACCAAAAUGAAGGCUGAAGAGAAAAAGAAAGAGUUUCAAAGGGCUUUCAUCAGAAGGCAAUCAAAGCUGAAACCUACAUUGAUGAACAAAGGACCUUUACCUAGAUUCUCUGGACGCGGUAGAAGGGGAGCCAGCAGGGUUUGAAUAAUGAUUUCCACUAUUCCCCAGUGAUACUUUUUUGGUGACAGAUUUCAUCAAGUAAAUAGAAUCCGUGGCAAGGUUUGGUUCCUCGACAAGUAUGACGCAUGCAAUGAAUGUUGAUAUGAAUUUGUGAUGGAUUUAAAGGAGAUUGUAGGUUGAGGAAGGCAUAGAUAUGUAAUAGCAGUUUCUAGCUUCCAAGUAUAUGUAGAUUCGAUAUGCUUUUUGAAUUCUCAGUUAAAACAGUUUCAACUUUCUUUUUGGUCAUAAUAAUGAGCAUAGGGUUUAGGCAAUUCUGGUGUGACUGUCUCCUUAUGUUUAUUAUAUUAUGCAGCAUGAUUUUAGUUGGAAAGACGGCAAAUUAUAUGAGUUUGAGCUAAA